GAAAUAAAGAAGGAGAUGAAGAAAGACCCUCUCUCCAACAAAGCUCCAGAAAAGCCCAUGCACGAAGUGUCCAGUGGAAACUCUUUGCUGUCUUCUGAAACAAUUUUAAGAACCAAUAAGAGAGGUGAGCGACGGAGGCGCCGAUGCCGGGUGGCAUUCAGCUACCUGCCCCAGAAUGAUGACGAGCUUGAGCUGAAAGUGGGCGAUGUCAUUGAGGUGGUAGGAGAGGUAGAGGAAGGAUGGUGGGAAGGUGUUCUCAAUGGCAAGACUGGAAUGUUUCCUUCCAACUUCAUCAAGGAGCUGUCGGAGGAGUCGGAUGAGCUCGGCAUUUCCCAGGAUGAGCAGCUGUCCAAGUCAAGGCCUGAAGGUCUCCCUCCAGCUUCUCUGCUGCCCUUUCCAGCUCACGGAGCAAAAGGAAAGACUACCUUUGAAGGGACAAUUCUGUACCGAGCUGCACCGGGAAAGACGGAGGGCCACAGACGCUAUUACAGUUUAAGGGAAACCACAGGCUCCGAAAGUGAUGGGGGUGAUUCGAGCAGUACCAAGUCCGAAGGUGCCAAUGGGACAGUGGCAACUGCAGCAAUCCAGCCCAAGAAAGUUAAGGGAGUGGGCUUUGGAGAUAUUUUCAAAGACAAGCCAAUCAAACUAAGACCAAGGUCAAUUGAAGUAGAAAAUGACUUUCUGCCGGUGGAAAAGACCAUUGGGAAGAAGUUACCUCCAACUACAGCAACUCCAGACUCAUCGAAAACAGAAAUGGACAGCAGGACAAAGACCAAGGAUUACUGCAAAGUAAUAUUUCCAUAUGAGGCACAGAAUGAUGAUGAAUUGACAAUCAAAGAAGGCGAUAUAGUCACUCUCAUCAAUAAGGACUGCAUCGACGCAGGCUGGUGGGAAGGAGAGCUCAAUGGCAGACGAGGCGUGUUCCCUGAUAACUUCGUGAAGUUACUUCCACCGGACUUCGAAAAGGAGGGGAAUAGACCCAAGAAGCCACCGCCUCCCUCCGCUCCUGUCAUCAAACAAGGGGCAGGUACCACUGAUAGAAAACAUGAAAUUAAAAAGAUACCUCCUGAAAGACCAGAAACACUUCCAAAUAGAACAGAAGAAAAAGAAAGACCAGAGAGAGAGCCAAAACUGGAUUUACAGAAGCCCUCCGUUCCUGCCAUACCACCAAAAAAGCCUCGGCCACCUAAGACCAAUUCUCUCAGUAGACCUGGUGCGCUGCCCCCAAGAAGGCCGGAACGACCAGUGGGUCCGCUGUCACACACCAGGGGUGACGGUCCAAAGAUUGACUUGGCGGGCGGUACUCUCUCCGGCAUCCUGGACAAGGAUCUCUCAGACCGCAGCAAUGACAUCGACCUAGAAGGUUUUGACUCCGUGGUAUCAUCUACUGAGAAACUCAGUCACCCAACCACAAGCAGACCCAAAGCUACGGGGAGGCGGCCUCCGUCCCAGUCUCUCACCUCUUCUUCCCUUUCAAGCCCCGAUAUCUUCGACUCCCCAAGUCCCGAAGAAGAUAAAGAGGAACAUAUUUCGCUUGCACACAGAGGAGUGGACGCAUCCAAGAAAACUUCAAAGACUGUUACCAUAUCCCAAGUGUCCGACAACAAAGCAUCUCUGCCACCCAAGCCAGGGACCAUGGCAGCAGGCAGCGGGCCAGCCCCCCUAUCCUCGGUGGCGCCUUCUCCUCUGUCGUCCUCUUUGGGAACAGCUGGACACAGAGCCAACUCCCCAUCUCUGUUCAUCACGGAAGGAAAACCAAAGAUGGAGCCUGCAGCCAGCAGCCAGGCGGCCGUGGAGGAGCUCAAGAUGCAGGUCCGCGAGCUGAGGAGCAUCAUCGAAACCAUGAAGGACCAGCAAAAACGAGAGAUUAAGCAGUUACUGUCGGAGUUGGAUGAAGAGAAGAAAAUCCGGCUUCGGCUGCAGAUGGAAGUGAACGACAUAAAGAAAGCUCUUCAAUCAAAAUGAAUACUUGAUAAAUGAAAUGUUGCAUUAUUCAUCCUGAGUCCGAGACUCAAAUUUUCUGCCCCAGCCAAAAUAAUCUUGUGCCAAAAGAUUAAAGGUUUGCCUCAACAUGUCCCCGUUUGAAAGAUUAGCACAAAAGUCUUGAUAGCACAACACAAAUCCCAUCCAAGAGGAGAAUCUUCCCCAUGGUGUAGACCUGGGGCUGGCACUGGUUGUGACUUAAACAGAGCAAAUUGUGCUAAAGGCUUUUCUACUUUGAGAUCUCAUGUGAAACGAAAACUCAGGCAGUUUAGUCCAUAGUGGUACUAUUUUGAUGAUAUUUUCCAUUAAUAAAAUGUAAUUUCAGAUUA